AUGGUUUUGAAUAUCGUGCUGUCCUUGUCACUCGUCGUGUUGGUAUCAUCCAACAACGGCUUCCAAACGUACGAGGUACCAAACUACCAAAAUACAUACAUAACCCUCCCAACCAACCCACCAGUCGAAAACAACCCCUAUCUUCAAAUAAAUACAGCUCAAAAUCCCAUACCACAAGAUAACUUACAACCUUUUAACAUAAGACAGAUUUUAUUGAACAGAAUCCUAUCAAGCCCAUCGGUACAGACGAUUUUGGAUCAUAACUCAAAUGGGUAUGGUGCAAAUUCCGUUGAUUGUAACAGUAAUCCGAUUGAACCGUCUCUAAGAAACAAUUAUGAAGCGUCUCCUAUAGAUUAUGAACGUUUGAAUAACGAUCUGAAUACCAAGAAUAAGGAUAAUGAAUCUAAUGUAGAAAAUGAAGGAAAACGUCGAAAACAUAAAAGGAGAAAGAAUUCUAAGUCAAGAAGAAAACCAGACGAUAAUGUAAAUAAUGAUAAUCAUAAUGAAACAGAAGAUAAUAACAAAGAAACUGGUAAAAGACCAAAAAAGCGUUCAAGAAGACCUAAACAAGAUUCUUCUAAAGACAAUCAAGCUGACAAUAAUGAGAAUUUAGACAAAAAUAACACUAAAAAGCGUAAAAACAAACAUAAUGAGACAAACGUUGAAGACAGUACUACUGAAAACCCUAAACCUAGAAGAAGACAUAAGAAGAAACAUAAAUCAGAUGCCAAUUCUACAGAUACAGCGAAUUUGGAACAACAGCUACCGCAACUAAGAGUAAUCAACGAUGAAUUGAACUUAGCUAAUUUCUGUGAAGGCAUCACUGAAGAGUGUAGACAAACAAGGAAUUUGAAAAAAGAAAAUAUCGAUAUACAAAAGCCUAUAGCAAAUCUAGUUGACAAUUUCCCCAACGGUUUCAGCUUUAAAACCUUCCAGAAUCUAUAUAACAAUCCAGCCAUGACAAAUUUCUUAGCAAACUACGAGAAUAUUUAUAAAAACAUGCUUUACACUAAUAAUCCUAUAAAUGAACCACGAAAUGUGGGUAAGAAAAAGCCUAAAAGUACUAGAAAAGCUCAAAGGAAAACCACCCUUAAUAACAAUAAUUCAACUGUAGCUACUAAUGAUAAAAUUACUCCACCAAAUCCCAUCAACUCUAACAUAAAUGAAACUACAGAAAAACCGACCCAAAUCGACGAUGCACCACAAGCAAAUACCAACUUAACUACUGAAGCGGAAAGUAUAAAUUCAAUUGAGAAACCGAUAGAUGAUAAAGCGAAUUUAAUAGACACUAAAGAUUUGGAAACAGAUGAACCGUUUCUGAAUUACUAUGACGGUUAUAUUGAUGACUAUUAUCCACUUUUUACUGACAACGCUGCUUAUACGGCUAACAACAGAGAGGUGUAUGUCAAACAUAUGGGUGACAUAAAAUACUAUUACACUAUAGAUAAAAACGAUCCAGAAAGAUUUGGAUUACCUGGAAUUAAAGCAAAAGGAUAUAAUACCAACAAGAAAUAUGAUGAAAUUGAAGGCAUAGAUGCUAAAGAUGAAACAAAAGAAGAAAUAGUACAAUUCCAAACUCCCCCAUUACUAGAAACACCAGAUUUCGAAACGAGAAAGGUGGAAAUAGCUGAAAUCAACCCUGAUGCUUACUACAAUAAGGAAGAAUAUCCAAAAACAUCAACAUACUCUCCAGCAAAGCACACAGAAGUAAAGAAGAAUGGUUUAAAUACGGCAGAAGAUAAAAUUGAAACUGUAUUCGCGAGAUCUAAAGUUGCUAAGUAUGGAACUGCGUACAAAGUAGAAGAGAAUGAGAAAUCUUCUGUAGAAGCGAAAGAAGUUAAAGAAGAAUUGAAAGAAGAUAGUGUUAAAGAUGGUGGUACUACUUAUGUUAUAGCUAAAAGUUUAGGUUACAGGUAUUAAGGUUAUAAAGAAAUUACUGUCUUCGCCAUUUU